UGCUAGUGUUAUUAGUACACCUCUCAAGCAGCCAGCGAAAACACUUCCACUGGAUUUGCUGAGGCAUUGCACAAGGGAGAGAUCUGUUAAGCCUGAGGAAGAGGAGACUGCUGGUUUUGGGGGACAGACUGGUGAUCAUUACUGACCGUCUCCUCUUCUGUGAUGAGAUGGACUUGCAGGGGAAGGACUCUGUCAAAUCCUGAAGUCUUUGAGCCACCAACAGCCCCAAAUGGCCUCCCAGGAAUUCUAUAAGACAGGACUGGGAAUCUCAUCAGGUGGCGCCUCACCAGAAAGACGCAUGAAGCCAGAGGAGAAAUAUGGUUCUGUUUAUCAGCCCUUGGAUGAGUCACACCAUGUCCAAAAAGGAAUACUGCAAGCCCUCGGGGCCAUCCAGAUCCUGAAUGGAGCACUGAUUCUAGCUCUGGGUAUUUUUCUGGUUUGUUUACAACACUUGACCAUUCACUUCAAGCAUUUCUUCUUCUUCACCUUCUACACAGGCUACCCACUGUGGGGUGCUGUGUUUUUUAUCAGCUCAGGAUCCUUGACUGUUGCAGCAGGGAGAAACCCCACAAGAAAGCUGAUGCAAAACAGUUUUGGGAUGAAUGUUGCCAGUACGACAAUUGCAUUUGUUGGGACUGCUUUCCUUUCUGUUCAUUUGGCAUUCAAUACCCAGGCUUUCAAGGGUUGCGAGUCUUCACAGUCACCUGAUGUGUGCAUUUUCCUGGGUUCCUCAUCAAAUGGUCUGGUGUCUUUAAUGCUGAUUCUCACCCUGCUGCAGCUGGCCAUGACCAUUUCUCUCUCAGCCAUGUGGUGCCUAGGAAAUGUUUUUGGUUCAAGAGAGGCAAUUACUUCACCUUCUAAUGCUGUGGAAUCAGGAACACCUCCUGAAGGAAGUGAUACUGAGAACCUGAACACUCAGCCUCAAAACACCGAAGAGUGAGAACUUCAUUUGAAAACUCAGCAGUGCAUGGACAGACGAAAUGCAAUCCUGUCAUGAAAAUAUUCACAAAAAAGCUGGCAUCUGUCCCAGUCCCCCCCCCCCCAAUAAAUCCACUAGCAUGGUCUAGAUCUGGAUGAAUAAAUACAUUUCCUUAGGUGUUCUUGAA